AUGGGCUUCCUAGAGAACUACCAGGAGAUCGACCCGGUCACCCUGAACCUCUGCAUCCUCAUCGCCAGCUACGUCAUCCUGCUGCUGGUCUUCCUCAUCUCCUGCAUCAUGUAUGACUGCCGCGGCAAGGACCCCUCCAAGGAGUACGCCCCGGAGCCCCAGCCCACCCAGUCGCCCAUCCGGCUGGUGGUGAUGCAGAGCACCCCCGGCGCCGCCGCUGCCGCGCGCUGGGACCCCACCAGCAUCAUCCCCAGCUACCACGACUCGCCGCAGGCCGACUCCCGCCCCAAGAAGAGCACCACGGUCUGA